AUGAAAUUACAACAAAUCUGUUUUCUUCUAUUACUUCUAAUUCUGUUAAUAAGUAGCUCAAAAAUUACAAAAAACUGUGUUUGUGGGCAUGUUAGAAGUUAAAAGGAAUGCUAAAGUUCUGGUUUUUGCAUUUGGUAAUCCAAUGAGUGUAAAUUAAAUUCAGGUUAAAAAUACACAAUAUAAAUCUAAGACUAAAAGCACUGCAAAUAUUUUGCAAAAGAAGAUUGUAGAGAAUAAGAGUAAUGCGGUUUUUAUUUAGGAUAAUGUAUCAACUUUAUCGAUUGCAUGUUAUUUAAUAGAUAAUAUUGUUAAGAAUCAUCAUAUAAAUGUGUUUCUGAUGGCACAAAAUGUGUUUAAAUAUUAGAUUGUAAUGAUUAUAAAACAGAAAUUGGAUGUUAAAAUAAAAGUUAAAAUGGUAAGUUUUGUUUUUGGGUUUAGGAGGAGAAAAAAAAUGUAGAGAUGCCAAAAUAUGCGAAGAAUUACCAAAAUAUUUGACAAGUCAUAAAAUGUGUAAAGAAAGUUUCGAAUUCUGCACAGUAAAUGAGAAUGGUUAUGGAUGUAUUUAAUAAAUGGAAUCAUGUUCAUAAUAUAUUAAUGAUUAUUAAUGUUUUGAAAAUAACAAAGGAAAAAAUUGUUUUUGGAAUUAAAAACUUGGUAAGUGUAUAGAAAAGGAAUGUGAAAAUCUACCAUUUUCAUAAGAUUAUGAAUGUUAAUCAUAUUUAAGUAAUUGUAAAGUAAUAAUUAAAAUAUAUAAUAAGAGAAAGGGAAUUUUGAACUAUAUUUAUUAUACAUCAAAUGGAAUUCAUUGUGUAAAAAAGAGAGAAUGUAUUGAUGCUAAAAAUAGAUUUGGAUGUGUAACAGAUAUUUAGGGUAAGAAAUGCGAAUAUCAUUAAAAUGAAUGUAAAAUAAAAAGCUGUAAUACUGCUUCAAGUUCUCUUACAAAUUAUAAAUAAUGCUAGGAUUAUGACAAUUUAUUAGAUUGUGUUACUUCAGAAAAUGGAGGAUGUAAAAAAAGACCUGAAACUUGUAGCGGUUAUAUAAGAGAAAUGGAUUGUUAUUCUGUUGAAUUAUAAGAUUGUGUAUGGUAAAAUAAUAAAUGUGAAAAAAGAUAAUGUUAUCAUGCUCCACUUUAUUAUAGUCAUACAGAUUGUAAAAGUUAUGGAAAUUGUAUUGGGAAAUUAAAUGGUGGAUGCUAACUUACACCUUAAUGAUGUAAUGAGAUUUUAGAAGAAUAAUUUUGUGAAAUUAAUUUUAAUAAAGAAAAGUGGUUUUGGUUAGAAGAUAAUUGCAUAUUGUUAGAAUAUAAUAAAUUAAAAUUACCAUAUUAUAAAAAUCAUUAAAUAUGCUAAUAAGCAAGUUAAUUUUGCACAUUUAAUAUAGAUUCUUUAGGUUGUACAGAUUACAUAUGUGAAAAUAUUUUAGAAGUAGAAAAUUGCACAAUUGAUUCAAAUGGUUCUCUAUGUACAAUGAAUUAAGGAUGUAUAGAAAAGACUUGUAGAACUGCUCCUCUAUCUUAUGAUACUAAUACUAAAUGUGAAAAUUGGUUGUCAAAAUGUACAGUAAAUGUUUAAGUUUUAUCAAAUUAAAAUAUUUUGAUUGGAUGUGUAGAUAAAAAGAAUAGUUGUUAACUUGCUCUAUAAGAUCAAUGCUAUUCUACGAUUUCUGGUUUUUAAUGUAAAUGGGAUUCAAUUUCUUAAAAGUGCAUUGAUCAAGAUUGCACAGAUGCAAAUCCUAAUAUUUAUUAAACUAAUGAAUUAUGCUAAUCAUUUAAAGUGUUUUCAGCUUCUUGCAUACUUAAAUCUACUAACAUUGGAUGUUAAUAAUGGCCAUAAAAUUGCAAUCUUAUGUUAAAUUAAUAAUAGUGUGAAUUAAACUUAUAAGAUGGAACUAUAUGCUUUUGGAAUGGUAGUUAUUGUAAAAUAAAGGAAUGUUCAGAUGCUUCUAAAAUUAAUUACACUAAUAAUGUUGAAUGCAAUGUCUGGAUUAAUUAUUGUAUUUUUAAUCAUAUUAAUGGAGGAUGCAAAACUAGAGUUGAUUCAGAUACUUGCACAUCUUCACCAAAUAAUAUUAUGUAUAGCGUCAUUAAGAAUGUUUUGCAUGGAAUCCUAAAUGUACUAUUAUUUCCUCUUUUCAAGCUGAAGGUUGUGAGUCUAAGAAAGAAAAUUGUUAUGAAUUUAUUAGACAAAGAAAUUGUAAAACAAACUUAAACGGACAAUAUUGUUAUUGGGAUGAUGGAGAACAAAAAUGUAAAAAUGAAGAUGAUGAUAAUGAUAGAUAAGUUGAUUGUCAUAAGAGAAUUUAUGGAGAAUUAUCUCAUUAAGAUUGUGAAAACUUUCAACCAAAAUGCACAAUAAAUAACAUUAAUAGAUAAUGUUCAGAUCUCUCAUAUUGUUGGAAUUACAAAUAUCAAUAAUAAUGUGAAAUCACUAUUGAAUAAUAACCUUGUAAAUGGGAUAUUUAAAAUUAAUUAUGUAAAGAUGUUUUUUGGACAGAAAAUACUACAGCAUAAACUGAGGCUGAAUGUUUAAAAUUUAGAAAAAAUAACUAGUGUUAAUUAAAGAUUAAUUUUAAUGGAACAUAUGGACCUGGUUGUGAGUGGAGACCAUCUUCUUGUUAGGGGAUUACAAAUUCUAAUAUAUGUAAAUUAACUUUAACAGCUGAAAACCAUAGAUGUUAUUUUUUUAAUUCUUCAUGUUCAAUUGUACAACCAAAUUAAUGUUAAUUCGUUGCUGAUAGUAAAAGUAAUGAGCUUUGUCAAUUAUAUAAUACAUAAUGUGUACUAUAAUCAAUUGGAAAAGGAUGUUAUUCUACUUAAACUUGCUCACAUUUAUCAAAUGAAGUUUUUAACAGUGCAAUCAUGUAAAUGAAUUAUUAAUGUAAUUAUUCUGACAUCUGUCGACUUGAUAUGAAUUGUUCUGACAAAUAUCUUUCCUUAAGCACUUGUGAUGGCUAAAAAACACGUUUAGGUUAAUUAUGUUAAUAUAAAUAAUCUUGUCACAAUUGUAACUAUUAAUGCAUUGGAUAAACAGCAUAAAAAAAUUUAAACUUUUCUUCCUAAAUGACACUUUCACAAAAAAGGGAAUAAUGUUAAGACUAUUCAAAAACUUAUAUGUAUGAUACAAAUUGUGAUUGUUGUGUAUUAUUAACUUCUUGUAACCUAGUUUAAGGUUCACCAACACGUUGUAAUACAUCAAUAGCUCAGGUAAACUCUUCGUUACAAAGUUGUGGAUAUAAUUCCACAAAUUCUACUUGUAAGAAUAGAACAUGUGAGCAUUUAAAAAACUUGAAUUUUGAUGAAAGUUGUUAUGAUUGGUAAUAUGAUUGUGUUCUUAACAAUAAUAAUUGUAAGACUUUCACAGGUGAAUGUACAGAAAUUAAAUUAAUUUAUCAAUGUUAAAAAUUUGCAUGCUUUUGGUAAAUUGAUAAAUGUGUUAGACAUAUAGAUUGCCAAAUUAACACAACUGCGAUUUCGAAUCGUGAAUGCUUACUCAUAAAUGGUUCAUAUUGUAGAUUAAACUAUACAAAAGGAUAAGGUUGUUCCUUUAUGGAUUGCAGUAAUAUAACAAACUCAAUUAUGUGUAAUUAAGCAAAUAUUAUUAAUGGGUCUAAAUGUAAAUGGGUAAUAUCUACAUGCUAAAAGAAAUUAUGUAAUGAAUAUAUAACAUAAUCUGAAUGUGAAAGUAGUUAUGGUUAUUAUUAGAAUGUCUUCACAAAAUGUUAUUGGUGUUCGUAUACAAUGUAAUGCUCUUAUCAAAAAUACUGUAGUUUAAGUAUGAUCAAAAUCAGUAUCAAAUUAUUAUUUCAAGCAAUUUUCAUGAUAGUAUGAUUAAACUAAAAUCGCAUUAAGAUUGUAAUGAUGUAAUUGUAAUGCAAACAAUCCAAUUUAUAUUCACUUCAAAAUGCAUUGUCAAAAAAUUAUUAUGUUCAGAGUACACUUAUGAAGAUGCUUGUGUAAAUACAAUUAAAGGCAUAGAAUGUUAUUGGAAUUCUACUUUUUGUAUAGAUAUCUGUUAAGCUUAACAUCUGUUUAAUAGAAAUUUUGAUAAUUCUUUAUGUGUUACUUGGCGUUCAUAUUGCAUGUCAAAAAAUGGGCAGGAAUGUGAAUUAUUAAAUUGCUCAUCUUUGAUGACAAAUGCAGAAUGUAAUAUUUUUACAGUAAAAUGUUUUUGGAAUAUAUCGAAAUGUUAAGCUAUUGGUUCUUGUAAUGAUUAUUCUGAUAUCAAUUUAUGCUAAGAUAAAAAUAAUUCUUAAGGAAUUCCUUGUUUUUGGGAUGGUACAAAUUGUUAAGAAAAAACAUGUUCAAAUAUACCUACACCUCCAUCAUUACCAACAGAUUGUAAUGAUUGGCUUAUGAAUUGUUAAUGGAAUAUUAAUGAUAAUUCUUGUAUUGAAGAUUGUACAUAAGCAAAUAUUUUAUCUACCACCCCCCAUUCAGAAUGUGAAUCAUUUUAUUUAAGUAAAAGUUGCACUGUAAAGGUUGAUUUAAUUUAAUGUGUUGAUCUUCCAUUCUCAUGUUCUUUAGUAAAACAAACCUAAUGUUUUAAAGAUAAAUUUGGAAACGAAUGUUACUUUUAAGAUGAAUUAUAAAUAUGUGUUAAUUUAAAUUGUUUAAUUUUUUCUUACACAACGCAUGAAGAAUGUAAUUAACAAUUAUAAUCUUGUACAGUAAAUUCAACCUUAAAUGGAUGUCAACAUUUGGAUGAAUGCAGUAACUAUUUAAUCCAAGAGCAAUGUAGGAUUAAUUCAAAUAAUGUAGAAUGUGAAUGCCAUAUUGCACAGUUAAAUAAGAAGGAGGAUGCACUUAAAAUUGCUAAGAUUACAUAAUUAAAGAAGCUUGUUAUACAGAUUAUGAAAAUGUAGAGUGUAUAUGGGAUGAGUAUAUAGGUAUAUGCUUUCCAAAUUCAUGCAUAGAUUUUUGUGGAGAUGGUAUUGUUUCUAGUUAAGAAGAAUAAUGUGAUGAUGGCAACUAUUUACCUUAUAACGGUUGUUACAAAUGUUAAAUACAGUGUCCAAUAGGAUGCAAUAUUUGUAAUGUUCAAUAUGUAAAGAUUGUCAAAAAAAUGGAUGGGUAUUGAAUAAUGGGGUUUGUAAUUCUAUAUGUGGAGAUAACUAUGUAAUAGGAAAUGA